AUGGCUGCUCUCCGGCGCAAAUUCGGCGAGGACUACCAGGUGGUGAACACCAACCGAGGCGCUCCGUUCUCGGCGCCCGCGAGGAAGAAGCGGCAGCGCUUCGUGGAGAAGAACGGGCGCUGCAACGUGCAGCACGGGAACCUCGGCGGAGAGACGAGCCGCUACCUGUCCGACCUCUUCACCACGCUGGUGGACCUCAAGUGGCGCUGGAACCUCCUCAUCUUCAUCCUCACGUACACGGUGGCGUGGCUGGUGAUGGCCUUCAUGUGGUGGGUGAUCGCCUACAUCAGAGGAGACCUCAACCACGGCCACGACGCCUCGUACACGCCGUGCGUGGCCAACGUCUACAACUUCCCCUCCGCCUUCCUCUUCUUCAUCGAGACCGAGGCCACCAUCGGCUACGGCUACCGCUACAUCACGGAGAAGUGCCCCGAGGGCAUCAUCCUCUUCCUCUUCCAGUCGCUGCUGGGCUCCAUCGUGGACGCCUUCCUCAUCGGCUGCAUGUUCAUCAAGAUGUCGCAGCCCAAGAAGCGCGCGGAGACGCUCAUGUUCAGCCAGGACGCCGUGAUCUCGCAGCGCGACGGCAAGCUGUGCCUCAUGUUCCGCGUGGGCAACCUGAGGAACAGCCACAUGGUGUCCGCGCAGAUCAGGUGCAAACUCAUCAAGUCUCGUCAGACCCCCGAGGGUGAGUUCUUACCGCUGGAUCAGUGUGAGCUUGACGUUGGUUUUGGGACGGGAGCUGACCAGCUCUUCCUCGUCUCUCCUCUGACCAUCUGCCACGAGAUCAAUCCCAAAAGCCCCUUCUUCGAUCUGUCCCAGCGAUCGCUAAUGAACGAACAGUUUGAGAUCGUCGUUAUCUUAGAGGGCAUAGUGGAGACCACAGGUAUGACAUGCCAGGCACGCACCUCCUACACUGAAGACGAGGUGCUGUGGGGUCAUCGCUUCUUGCCAGUCAUGUCUCUGGAGGAGGGCUUUUUCCGAGUGGACUACUCACAGUUCCACAGCACCUUUGAGGUGCCCACGCCACCCUAUAGCGUCAAAGAGCACGAGGAGAGGAGCUCGCUCCCCUCCCCUCUGGUCACGCCCCACCGUGACCGGGUCUUCUCCGUCAACUGCUUGGAGCUUGGUGAGGAGCGUGCCGGCCAGGGCAGCGGCAGCGCCUCCUGCAGGCUCCCCAGCAAACUCCAGCGCAUGAGCUCAUCCGGCAAAGAGGAUCUUCAGAGGAAGGUCCUACGUCUAUGUUCGCAGCCUUCAGAGAAAGCGUCCAGCACUGGAGAUCUGCCCCUGAAGCUGCAGCGGUUGGGCUCUGGCCCAGCGCAGGGAGACGGCGACAGCCGCUUCCACCUCAAGGCUCUGAAAGUGGGCUUCGAACCCAUGACCAUGUCCACAGGAGAUCUCCACCAGAGGAGCUUGCCCCCUACUCCAGCACCUGUCCCUACACACCCUCACGCGCCUCUACAUUCACCUCUGCCCUCCACAGCAGGGGGGCGGCCUGAGGACAACCUGCCUGCCAAGCUGCGGAGGAUGAACGCUGACCGUUGAGGUCGGCUGGACACCUGGUCUGGUGGAAGUUGUUCUUUGCUGCUGAUCUGAGAUCAGAUUUGUGCAGCAGUCAUAGGUCAGAUUUGGUGGGACAGGCUGGUCCUGGAUCAGCAUAGAAAGAACAACUUCUAACCAGAAUUAGCAAAUAUAUGGAAUGGAUGUCCAGAAGUCAUGGAUAGACUUUGAAUAGCAUCCUGAUGGUGCAUGUGGUGAAUGCGAAGGACAGAAACAAGAGGGGACUGCAAGGAAGCUGAGACGUGCAAAGACUGAUCCAUGCAUGACGGGAGAGGGUUAUUUAGUUUGAAUAUGUGGUCGUUAGGGGUGUCACGAUUCACAUAUAAUUUGUUUUCCUGAUAUGAGGAUUGCACUGUGAAUCAAAUACAAUUAAAUUCUAUUUGCAUUAUCA